AUGACCAGAUCGACCCGCUCUGGACCCGGAGCUUCGACUACGCGCCGGCAGGAGUACCAAUCCUUGGACAACCAGCUUUCCGAUGACGAAUACUCCUCACGAACACCGGAAGAUGGGAGCCGCAACAGCAUUCCCGGAUCCGACGGCGCAAUGCACGAUCCCUACCUGGACGACCUCCUCUCCAGCGGCGACGAGUCCUCCGCCCAAGACGACGCGAACCUGAAGCUCCUACCGCUCGAUAAGAAGUCCGCAACACAAAAGCGACGGAAUCGAGUCCAGUUUACCCCAGAGCCAAGCUCUGCGAGUGCUGCGAGCCCGAUACCUGGCGAUGAAUCCGGGGAACCCCGCAAUGUUAGCAAGGCUAUCGAGCACAUGUUGGAAAGGGAGCAGGAUAUAUUAUCGGAGACAUUCGAUGAAGAUCUGGACCAUGGCGCCUCACAUCCCAUGUUCGAUGAUGAUGAUAGCGAUGAUUAUGGCAUCCCGACACACAAACGUGCUGGGGCUACGCCGUACAAGGACCAGAAGCCAAGAUGGAAUUCAGGAAUCAAAUCAUUACUGCAUAUUACGGCAUGGUGGCAUGUUUUCCCUCUGGUUGCAGUAGGAGUGCUUGUGAUGUGGCUUGCAACGAAGGGUUUGCCGUGGAUUAAGGGUGGCAAACCUCUCAAGGAAUAUCCUUCUGUUCCGUGGUACCCGACCCCCGUCGGCGGCACCAAUGGCGCGUGGAGAGAAAGUUAUUCCAAGGCCCAUGAUCUUGUGGACCAGAUGGCCCUGGUAGAGAAAGUCAACAUCACAACAGGGACAGGAUGGCAGAUGGGACCUUGCGUUGGGAAUACCGGACCUGCUGAGUAUGUCCAGUUCCCAUCUCUCUGUCUGCAGGAUGGCCCCCUCGGGCUUCGCUUUGCGGAUAAUAUCUCAGCAUUCCCUGCUGGUAUCACCACAGGAGCAACGUGGAAUCGCGAGCUUAUGUGGCAACGUGGGUUUGCGCUGGGCAAGGAAGCGCGUGCAAAGGGGGUCAAUGUUAUUCUAGGGCCGGCUAUGGGGCCCAUGGGGAUGAUGCCUGCUGGUGGUCGCAACUGGGAGGGCUUCGGAUCCGACCCCGUUCUCCAGGGAGUAGCUGCUGCCGAGACUAUCCGUGGUAUCCAACGGAACGGCGUGAUGGCUACAGCCAAACACUUCGUAAUGAACGAACAAGAGCAUUAUCGUCAACCCCACGAAUGGGGCACUGAAAAUGCCAUUUCGUCCAACAUCGAUGACCGAGCGCUCCACGAAGUCUUUGUCUGGCCCUUCGCCGAGAGUGUGCGCGCAGACGUUGCGAGUGUUAUGUGCGCCUAUCAGAAAGUCAAUAACAGCUAUUCUUGCGAGAACAGCAAGCUGCUCAAUGGAAUUCUCAAGGACGAACUCGGCUUCCAAGGAUUUGUGCAAUCUGAUUGGCUUGCGCAACGAUCUGGUGUGCAGAGCGCAUUGAGUGGCCUGGAUAUGAGUAUGCCCGGUGAUGGUGCAAGGUGGGCAGACGGGGACUCUUUCUGGGGAAUGCGUUUGACGCAAGCCGCUCUGAACACCUCAGUUCCCAUGGAGCGUAUCAACGAUAUGGUCACUCGUAUCGUCGCGGCCUGGUAUCAUUUCCGCCAGGACAAAUGGGACCAGCCUCCCCCGUUGGGCAAAGGUGGCCCCAACUUUUCUUCGUGGACCAACGAGAAGAUGGGAGGGCUACAUCCCGGCAGCGAAGACGACGAUACCCAUGAGGUGGUCAACCACUACGUGAACGCGCAAGCUACAGGGUCCAAGUCACUCCCGCACUCCCUCGUGGCUCGGAGAGUAGCCGCGGAAGGGACUGUUCUCCUGAAGAAUGUUAACAACACACUACCCCUUUCACGUAGUGCCACCGGCCCGAAAGGAGUUUAUCGCGUCGGCAUUUAUGGCGAGGAUGCUGGACCUGGCGAGGGGCCCAAUGUUUGUCCCGACCGUGGAUGCAACCAAGGUACUCUGGGGUCCGGCUGGGGAAGCGGUGCGGUCGAGUUCCCGUAUCUUCUCAGCCCUUGGGAAGCUCUGCGACUUGCGUGGUCCUCGGAGACUAGUGAUGUACGAGGAUUCCUGGGGAACGAUGUGGCCCUGAAGAAUCUGGUUGACCAGGACCUCUGUCUUGUUUUUGCGAACGCUGACGGAGGUGAGGGAUUCAUUCACGACGAUGACGUCUGGGGAGACCGUAACAAUCUUGACCUGCAGCAUAGCGGUGCUAAGCUUAUUGAGCGGGUGGCUACUCAUUGCGGUGGUGGUCACGGCCGGACCGUCGUGGUGCUGCAUUCUGUGGGCCCUGUCGUGAUGGAGUCCUGGAUCGAUCUGCCAGGGGUACAUGCCGUUCUCUAUGGCAACCUCCCUGGACAAGAGAGUGGCAAUGCCCUGGCAGAUGUCCUGUUCGGCGAUGUUGAUGCUAGUGGCCGGUUGCCCUAUACAAUUGGCCGAUCCCUCGACGACUACGGCCCAGGUGCCCGGGUGCUGUAUGAGACAAGAGAUAGACAGCCAGAGAUCACAUUCGACCAGGGCCUCUACAUUGAUUAUCGGUACUUCGACAAGAACAACAUCGCUCCGCGCUUUGAGUUCGGCUUUGGCCUGUCAUACACCACCUUCAAUAUCUCUUCACUUGUGAUCCAGCCUCUGCAAGAAAAGACUCGCCUUCCAUCCGAUCGCCCCAAGGACGAAAUUGAUCCCCCACAGUACGAUAAAAAGCCACCAACAGAGUCUUCGACCAGAUUCCCAUCUACCAUUAGGGCGCUGUCAAAGUACAUUUAUCCCUACACUCGGGACCGAGCUGGGACUAAACCUGGUUCCUACCCAUAUCCAGAAGGGUACAAAAAGCGCCAGCACCCCUCCGACGCAGGCGGCGGACCGGGUGGUAACCCAUCUCUCUAUGAAGAGAUGCUGUCAGUUUCAGUCCAUGUCAGCAACACUGGCUCGCGGCCCGGCAAAGAAGUUGUGCAGAUCUACUUGUCCUUCCCGGAACGCGUUGCUGAGCAUCGCGGUUUGGGCCAGGCCCGCGAGGACAUUGAGUUCCCCGAUCGCGUUCUCCGGAACUUUACCAAGGUUUCCCUUGAGCCUGGUGAGAGCACUACCGUUCAGAUGACCUUGUCCCGAAAGGAUCUAAGCUACUGGAGCGUGCGGGCUCAAAAUUGGGUAAUGCCAGUUGAAGGCACAUUCCGUGUCUGGGCCGGACGGAGCUCUCGCGAUCUGCCGUUGGUCGUGGAGUUUUGA